AUGAAGCUGGCUUCCCUCCUCGUCGGCUCGCUGAUGCUUGCCGUCCCCGCUCUCGCCUUUGAGCAGUCUGCCAUCCAGACUCUCCGCGACGCUACGACUGCUACCGGAGCCUACCACUCCAAGUUCCCACAUGCUCUCAGCGAAGGGCCCGAAGCAGCUAUAUCGAAUAUCAACUCGGCAACGGCGAGAGCGGCGGACGAAGCGAAGACUGCCAUGACUGGACUGACGGUGCAGAGCCAGAGUUUGGCUGGUGCCUUGAAGGGCGUAAGUUGGAUCUCCCCUCAUGUUUUGGUCGUCCUUUUUAUGCCCAAAUACGGAGUACUGACGAUGUUUGUUUGGCAGUUCUUUGAUGCCAUGACGACGCUCUCGCAUGAUGCUACCAACCCGGCGGUGUUCUGCAGCAAGAAUAUUGACCGUCUGGGGCCGUCUAUGGGAUGGAACCUUCGCCUGCCCCAUGCUACGACGCUGAAGAGAGACUGCAAGGACGGGGAGAAGCUCGUUGCUGACCUGGCUGGUAGUUAUAAGAUCGCCGUCGACAGUCUUGAACAGGCCCAGGCGAUGCUGGAGAGCCCUCAGGGCAAGUGUAAGCAGUGA